AUGCAUUUAUCAAGGAUUUUGUGGACAUUCUCGAGCUUCGGCUUCAUCACACUGGGCCUGGCACAGGCCGGCGAGGGACAAUAUGAUGGUCAUCAGGUGCUCCGUGUUAGGACCGAGGGUCGGCCUAGUGAGUUUCUGAAGAGGCUCGCCAGUAUUUCGUUGGAGCCGUGGAAUGAGGAGACGGUGGGCAGCCACUUCGAUGUCGUUGUCCCACCCGAGAAGCUCGCCGCGUUCGAAUCCCUCCAGCUGAGGAGUACCGUCCUGCAUGCCGAUCUUGGGAGGUCUAUCCUCGCGGAGUCGGCUCCGCAAAGCACUUGGAAGCGCCAGGCCGACGAUCUUGCAUGGUUCGACACGUACCACGCAUAUGAGGACCACAUACGGUACUUUGAAGACCUCCAGGCGCUUUUCCCGGAUAACUCUGAGCUGAUAUCCUCCGGCACUUCUUACGAGGGCCGGGAUCUCUUUGGUAUCCACCUAUGGGGUGACGCAGGCCCGGGAAAGCGUGCAGUGCUGUACCACGGGACUGUGCACGCUCGUGAAUGGAUCACAACUAUGACCGUUGAAUACCUCACGCUACAGCUCAUCAACGGCUACAAAGCGGGUGAUAGUGAGACCAGAGCUGUUCUGGACAACUUUGACUUCUAUAUCAUCCCCAUAGUGAAUCCUGACGGCUUCGUAUACAGCCAAACAACCAACCGCCUGUGGCGCAAGAACCGCCAGCCCGGCCCCGCAAACUCAACCUGCGUCGGCCGCGACAUCAACAGGAACUGGGAGUUCGCCUGGAACCCGACCAGCGGCGGCGCGUCCCCAGACCCGUGCGGGCAGACCUACAGCGGCGAGGCACCGUCCGACUCGCCCGAGAACAAGGGCCUCGACGCCCUGGUCCGCGAGCUCCGCGACACGGCGGGGAUACGGCUGUACAUCGACUGGCACAGCUACGGGCAGUACUUCCUGUUCCCGUUCGGGUACAACGAGACGCUGUACGCGCCCCAGCUGGGCAAGUGGAGCCGGACGGGGUCGCUGAUGAGCGAGGCGAUCCGCGACCACGCCGGCUCCGGCUCCGACGCGGCGCCGCCGCGCCGCACCACGUUCACGUUUGGGCCCGGCGGCGCGAUCCUGUACCGGUCGGUGGGGAACUCGCGCGACCAUGUGUAUGCCGUGGGCGGGGCGGAGUUCUCGUGGACGAUCGAGCUGCCUGACACCGGGGAGUUUGGGUUCGUGCUGCCGCCCGAGCUGAUCAGGCCUACCGUCGAGGAGCAGUGGGCCGGGCAGCUGGUCUUGUAUAGUCUCCUUGACGAGGUGUUCUUUGAUGAUGAGGGCCCUGCGUGA